GCCGAGCAACAUUUCUUCUUAUAAGUAAACUCCAGCACAAAAUGGAAACUCGAGCUGGCAUAGUGUUUCCUGAUAAGCCAGAAAAGCGCAGGGCCUCCGAGCUUUUCAAAGCAGCUCUUGACUUGGUUGAUGGUAUAUCUAUAGGCUCCCUUGAUGAUGUCCCUAGUGGUGCUGUCACCACAUUCUUCAAAUCCAUCAAGAACACUCCGGAUUUUGAUUUUGAAGAUGAAAAUGAAGGUCGUAGGGAAUCCAAGGAACCAAACUCCUCAUAUAUUUAUUAAGUGUAGCACACGUGAACUUUCUGUCAUAGAGAAGUAUGUG